CUCCAGCUCCAGACCUGAGCUCGAACGCGCCUUUGCUUGCAGCCCGAAAAGGGGUGUUGGACGCCAACACCUUGCCUGAACCCGGAGAAGAUCGCCCUCGCCCACUCUUCCAAACAAUUCGAGGGACAUCGUCGCGACUCUCCACGAUAACGUUGAUCCUUACGUUUCCACCGAACACACACCUACAUAAAAAAACUACCUUCGAAACUUCUGGGCGCUUUGCUCCAGAAUCGCAGCUAUGAGCGCGGUUAAAAACCUCCGAGCCAUGUUUGAGCAAAAGGGGGAGACGAGCCCCCCAGACAGAGGCAGGUCGCCAGGUAUUCCACCCGGAUCCGAGUCACCCAGGCCCCUCUCCAAGGUCCGAACGAGCUUCAUCGCGAUCGAGAAGGACGAUGCAGCUGUGCCUGGUCAGGACGCGCAGGAUGCCAAGCGAGCCGCUCCAUCCGGCUCUGCCGCACAGUCGACGGCGCCAGCAGCGGAUGGAGCCGCGGACAAAGAAUCGUCUGGCGACGCAAAGUCAACACAGGGCGAGGCGGGAAAGACAAGCGGGACAGCGAAGAAGGCAGAGCCAAAGGUGACCGCUGGGAAGGAGGCCGACAAGCCCGCCGCGCGCACAACGAAGUCUGCACCAAAGCCGCUCCUGGCGCCUUCAGCGAGCAAGUCCGCAGGGAAGCCAGAGAAGUCACCCACGGUGCACAAGGCUCCGAAGAGCCCUGCCCCAGCGUCAGCCCACCCCCCUGCUGUUAAAAAGACGCCCGAAAAGAAGGCACAGCCGCCGGAAACGCCGGCCACGCCUCAUACUACCGCUGCCUCCUCGAAACCCGCAGGCCCAUCGUCCAGCAAGAAGCCGCAGCCGCUUCAGUCGUCCCCGGCAAGCACCGGGUUCGUCAAACCGAAACCCAAGUCUCCCACGCGUCCUGUCAAGCUUCCCCCAGGCUUAACCACGCACACCGCCUCGUCCGGCUCCAAGAUCAACGCCCCGCGUCAGUCCCUGUCCCGCGCUAGCGAAACCCGCGCUAGCGGCACCUCCCUCCCCGGCGAUUCCCACGGGCGCCCUGCCAGCCGAGCCAGCGCCUCGACCGCCGGCGGUGCCGCCCCCAAGCCGGCCCCGGUGAAGGCCCUGAAGAGGCAAAGCUCUACCAUUAGCCGGCCUCGGCCGAGCCUGGGACCGCCGCCGAAGCAGCCCGCCAAGGAUCACCCGCCGACCAAGCGGGAGAAGGAGAUCGACCAGGGGUUCCUCGCCCGCAUGAUGCGGCCCACCCAGGCGUCGGCGUCCAAGGCGACGGAGAAGGUGGUGCUGACGAGCCCGCCCCGGAAACCCGCGGCAGCGACGAAGAAGGCGGCUGCGGCGUCAAAUCCUGCCAGGACAGCAGCUUCUAAGCCGACGGCGACUGCUACUGCUGCCUCUACGGCGAAGGCCCGGACCUCGACUGCGAAGGACGGCAUCUCCGCGGACGCCGAGCGCGCCGCCGCGGCUAAGAACGCCGUCAAGACGACCAAAGCGGCUGAGGGCGAGGCCAGCUUGCCCGAGGAAGGCGACCGGAAGAGCGCCGCUGAGGUGGCGCCGAGUGCGGAGCAGAGCGAGACCGUCGAGCAGGCGGUUGCUGCUGCCGACCACGCCGAGGACCACGCUGUGUUGCCUCCGGCCGAGGAAGCGGCUGCUGUUGCUGUUGAGGAGCCAUCUGCGGAGGAGUCCAAGCCAGAAUCAGUCCCCCCCCCGGUGGAGGAAUCGGUUACUGAUGGCCAGGAUGGUACGGCAGAGGUUGACGAAGGAGGGCAGAAAGAGACCGAGGCCGCCGCUGCCGAGGCGGCUGCCGAGGCCGAGACAGCAGCGGCGGAAGAGAAGGGUGACGCAGCUGAGCCUACCGUUGCGUAGGCGACAUAGUUUCGGAUUCUUGACGGCCGCCAGCGGCAGGCUGCAUUUCAUCGAUUCUUGUAUUCUCCUUUUUAAUCCCGCCUCCACUUUCAGAAGAGUUGGCAUAGCGUUUGUUGGAGGAUUUUGUAUUUCAUGAUACCUGGUGGGAAAAAGGCGGGCUUUGUAAGCGGGGAGUUGGCGAUGGAGCAUGUAGGGUAGACUAGCUGUCACCACCAGGCGUCCUGUGCGUUUAAGGAAUGCAAUUCUGCCUUUUGACAAGAAGAUACAGCUGAAUGCGCGGUACAUAUGAUACAUUU